AACGCCUCUCAGCCCCUCACGCGACGCCGCCUAACGGUCGCAACGGUCGCAACGGCCGCGGCGGAGCGGGAAAAGGGCGGCGCUGCCUCACGGCGGCCACGGGCCGCGGCCGGCGGUUCCGUCUCGGCCUGAGGCCGUCACUUCCCCGGGCGGGGCCGCGGCUGGAGGCGAGUCCCAGUACCCGGCAGCGGCACCGGCGGCGGCAGCGAGCGGCGCUGAGGGGCGGCCGGGGGCAGAGCCUGUCCCCUGCAGCGGGUUUGAGCCCCCCGCACCCGCGGAGGGUCUCUGCAAACAGAAGUGAACUGAUACCUCUGGUGCUUUUAAUUCCGAACAAGAUGAAGAUCCCCUCUGUACUGCUGAGGUUUCCUCAUCGUUAUCUCUUCAAAAGAAUGUAUUUCAAGAACUUUCACUGCCCUUCCAGAUCAGAUUUCCUGUGCAUUGGGUCUCUCACGCUGGUGCGCCCGUAUCAUACAAAAUGGAUGUGUUUGUCAGAGGGUUUGAAGAGAGAGCUGUGUCACCAAGCUGCCCCUGACCAGCAAGCAGAGGGACUUUCUGACAGAGAAAACAGACUCAUAGACAGACUUUACAGUGGACUCAUCCAGGGCCACAGAGCCUGUUUAGCUGAAGCCAUUACACUUGUAGAAUCAACUCAAGCUAGGAAAAAGAAAGUAGCCCAGGUGCUCCUUCAGAAGGUAUUAUCCUACCACAGGGAACAAGAAAAGUUAAAUCAAGGAAAGCCACUUGCCUUUAGAGUGGGGUUGUCUGGUCCUCCUGGUGCUGGGAAAUCAACUUUCAUAGAAUGCUUUGGGAAAAUGCUUACAGAAAGAGGACACAAAGUGUCGGUGUUGGCUGUAGACCCUUCUUCUAGUACAAGUGGUGGUUCUCUAUUGGGUGAUAAAACACGGAUGACUGAGUUGUCAAGAGACAUGAACGCAUACAUCAGACCAUCUCCAACCAGAGGGACGUUAGGAGGUGUAACAAGGACCACGAAUGAAGCCAUUCUGCUCUGUGAAGGAGGAGGCUAUGAUGUUGUUCUUGUGGAAACAGUAGGAGUGGGACAAUCAGAAUUUGCUGUGGCUGAUAUGGUCGAUAUGUUUAUAUUGCUGCUGCCACCUGCAGGUGGAGAUGAAUUACAGGGUAUCAAACGGGGUAUAAUUGAGAUGGCAGAUCUAGUUGCUAUAAAUAAAGCUGAUGGUGAUUUAAUUGUGCCUGCACGGAGAAUACAAGCGGAAUAUGUUAGUGCUAUGAAGCUGCUUCGCAAGCGUUCAAAGGUUUGGAGACCAAAGGUAAUGCGUAUCUCUGCCAAAACUGGAGAAGGUAUCUCAGAUAUGUGGGAUAAAAUGACAGAAUUCCGUGACCUCGUGCUCACGAGUGGUGAGCUGCUUGCCAAACGACGGAAACAGCAGAAAGUGUGGAUGUGGAAUCUCAUCCAAGAAAAUAUGUUGGAACAUUUCCGGAGUCACUUGGCAGUCAAGGAUAAGAUUCCACUUCUAGAAGAAAAAGUUCUUAGUGGUGUCUUGUCUCCUGGGCUGGCAGCUGACCUGCUGCUGAAAGCAUUCAAAGAUGGUCUCUAAGCACUGUAGUAUACUGUGUUCUUGCUACAUUCUUCAUGUAAACAUAAACAUUAAAUACUUUUUUUAAUGUGUGGAUUCAAAUGUUUUGCUACAACAGACGUUAAUGGAAUGCAUAUCCAAUAAUCUGGGAAAAAAAAAAAAAGAUAAAUAUUUGGGCAAAAAGUACUGUAGGACCCUGUAUAUGCAAAGAUCAUGACAAAUGCAAACAGAGAUUCAGAGACUGUUACAGAUUAUAUUUGGACAAAAGCACAUUUCUGAGUCUCCCAUCUGUACACACUAUGGAUUUACUGGUCACAAACGUGUGCCUGUGUCAAAAGGGCUGGUUUUGAGAAAAGUUUGGUACUGCAGAGUUCCAUUGUGGAACCAUCUCAGAGCUGGCUGGCAGUGCAGCUUUCCAUUCUGGUACAGUAUCAGCUGUUGCCUUUUCCUUCUUCACCUUUAGUGACUGCAAGAACAGUGGGCUUCCCUGAUAGAACCUGACACAGUCUUAUUUUUAAAUAUAUAGUGUACAUAUAAAUAGAGCAUAGUGCUUGAUAACUGGUUAGGAGUUACUUUACUAUGUGCUGGGAGAAGGGAAUGUAAACCAACCCAGAAUCUAAAUAGACGUUUUAAUAAAAAAGCAAAAUUUAAUUAGACUUUUUAAAAUACAGACAUCAGAUGGAACCAGUGCCAUCUACAAUGUUUUAAUUGCAGUUGAUUUUGUACUAGAGUAAUUGAUUUAUUCUAUUACUUCUUAGUAAUAAUGAUUUGAGGUUCUGAUCUGACAAAAGUAACUUUUUCAGCUUCAAACAAAAUGGCCAGCAGGUUUUUCCGAUCUUGUAGAAAAUGUGGCUACUUAGAACCCAAAGUACUUUUCCCCCAACCUUGAGAACAAAUCUGGAGGUGUCAUUUUCUUAAUCCGUGAACUAGAAAACAGGGUUCAUUUGGUACCUAUGAAAUAUGAAGAGUAAAACAGAAAAAUGACGAUUUGUGGAGACUUGACAGAAAAGCAGUAAGAAGGAUAUUUUAUGGAUCUAUUGUUUACAUGAAUUAACUUACUUUUUAAGUAUUGCUAGUAAUAAUUUUUAUAGUCCUGAUUUUCUGUACAUGUACUAAGUGGGAUGAUGUCUUUCAUUCCUUAUUUAAGCUCAGUUUUACCUAUUUGAAUUCCAAAGUAGUAUGUGUUUCACACAACAUUUGAGUUCUGGCAACCUGAGUCUGAAUUUUUCUGACAAUUCCAGGGUAGCAGUGAAUUUGUGUAAUUUGAUCCUCUUGCUUUUUACUUUCCUUUUUUUUUUUUUUUUCCCCUGGAGACAGUUGUUUUUUUUUUCUCUUCCCUUAGCACCAAUUGUUAUAUUGUGUCCCCAGCUAAGUCUACUUUUUUGUGGUAGGCCUCUGUGCUUCAGAAUUUUCAUUCCAGUGUAGGUAUAAUAUAGCAGCUAUCAGAAAAGAUGAAUGAGUGUUGAAAUUGCUGGGCAUUUUUUCCUUUGGUUUGUCAAAGUGGCAUAAAUUAAAUACAGAAAAAGUCUUCAUCCUCAGUGCUAGCAUUUCAGUUAUUUCUCCUAUUGUAGGACGGCUUCUGUAUUGUUGUCCAUAAAUAAAAUUCUCCGUAUUGUUGCUCUGAGAAUAUGAAGCAUGACCAAGAAGUAAAAUGUAAACUGCAGUGUAAAGUAAAAAUACUUUGUAAUUUAUAGCAAGGACCUCUUUAUAUAUUUGCAGUACGAUACUAACAAAGUGCAUUGUGUUGUUUUGCAGGAUGUGGAGCUGAGACAUUUAUUUUUAAAGAAAUUUGGCACCAGUGUAGCUGGUAUUAGUGGUUUCCACCACACAGACUGUCAACUUCCCCCACCCCCUUAUUCCUGUUUCUUAAACUUUACAUCCCAAAUGAGUAAUUUAGGAUUGCUGCAAUCAGUUACUUGAAAGUACCUGAAGUGUUCAGGGGGUGCCAGAAGCAAAGGGAUCUGAUUAUUGCCUUGCUGUGUUGUGGAAAAAAAUGUUUCUUUUAUAUUUAAAAACAGUUUAGGUCUCUAAUAAAUAUGACAAAGAGUACCCCAAACCUAAAGUGAUUUCUUUUAUCCUCUCAGAUUUAAAAAUUAAAUGUAUUUAGAUGGUACCUAGUAGAGGAAAAGACGGAUGGAAAAUGAAUUGAUGAGAGCAGCAGCUUUUUAACUGGUAAGUUCUCAACUUUUUGAUAGUCCAUUUAUUUCAGGUGACAAUUUUUAAGGUGACCUAAUUUGCACUUAUCUGCUAGAUCAGGUCUUCUCUAUUGUCUUCUUUUUCUGUUGUCAGGGACUGCUUUUUUCCUUGUCUGCUAUAUGGCAGCCAUCAUGCAAGUAAAAUAGAACCUGUGGCUUUGUUUGAAUAAAGGCUGUUCUAGCAGAAUACCUUUUACCACUUCAGGAUUUGUCUACUCAAGCCAUGCGGUCAUCAGUGUCUCAUUUUGUUACUCCUCUUGGAGUAGAGUUAAUUUACUAAUGAACUCUUACAAGAUAGUACAAUGGUUUUAAGUAAGUUCUACUUUUCAUUCAGCUGCAUUUUUCCUCCUAAAGGAGAGCAUUGAAUGAAAAUCAGAUUUGCUUUCUUUAUGUGUUUGUGUUUCAUGCUUCAGUAGACAGAAAAAUGCCUUAUACCGAAAGGGGUCUUCAGAAAUGGCAUGAUAAAUGAUGAUCCCUGCUUUGUUUUUCAGUGAUUCCCCUACCAAAUUGAAAAGCUGUACUGUGUGAACUGUGAGCUGAGCUUUGCAUGUACGAAUCAACUGUUUUGUUUUCUAGCUGGUAGAAUAUUGCCACAGAAUGUUUUGAAGCCAACUGUUCAAUUAGUUUUGCAGUUUUGUUUAUGUCCUCACUGACAUAAACAAAAUGGGGAAGUGCAUUGUCUUCAGAAGGACUGCAUAGCUUGAGCUAGUAGGCUAGAAUUUAGUAAACAAUUCCGUAUUUCCCAGAAUGGGAAGUGGCAUUUGCAGCUCAUCACUUCUAACUCUGGGGGAUUAGAAGGGGUAAAAUGCACUAAAGCGUUGUAUUCAAGUACACAGGGUUCUGAAAAAAAACAGUAAACAAAUCUGUUGAGUAGGAUGUUGACAUAUUCUCUAGUUUUUAGAGUUAAAUUUCUUUCACAUUAACAUUUAAAACCACAGCUACUGCAAAGCAGUAUAAGAAAAUAACUGUAUGAGAAAAUAAUAGCAAGACCGUUUGUAGCUAGAGAUGCGAUGAACUGUUAGACAAAUUGAUACGGGAGGUGAGGAACAAACUUUCCAGAUGCACAAACUGUUGUGUCCUUGAAGUCUUGAAGCUAUAUGUAAGUGUGAAACUUUUCCCCAGGUCCCUGUAUAAUAGAUGUUGCUGGUGUUUCACAGCUGGAAAAACAAGUGUGGUGAGAUCAAGUGAUUUACCCAGGAUUCAGAAACAGGUCAGUAGAGUAUAAGGGUUACAGUUCAGUAGUCUUUACUCUGAGCCCCAUGUAUAUUUACGGCCAUGUUACUUAAGGUUGAAAAAAUGCUCUUAGCAAGUUCAUGCUCUCAGUGUGACUUACUCCUUUCAUAUCUAAUCUCUCUGUCUUUAGUGACAGGACACAGUGACCCCUUCUUGACUACUGUUCUGCGGUAAUGUCCUGCUUUAAGUAGUAGAAAACCUUUCCUUGAUAGCUGAUCUGCCUUCAUGUUUCUGUAAAUUCAUUGCUUCCUGUCACACAUGCUUGCUCGCUCUGUUUUCCUCAUGUAUGUUGCUUGUUUAUGAAUCUGCAGUGUGUUACGUGUCUUUCUGUGGGUUUGGAGAUUUUGGGGGGAGGGGUGUUGAGCAAAGCUAAAGCAUACAUGUUAACUUUUUUCUUUUUAAUUAACCUUAUGCAACUCCCUUCCUAAAGCUUUCUUUCUUAAAGCAACUGUUCUGGUGUAAAUAUACUUACUUCUUCUUUACUUUUUCUUGCUUGUUGUUCUGUUGUUCCUCCCUUGGAUGCACAGUCAAGAAAUAACAUAAUUCAUCAGUUAAAAUGAAAAAUUUUUUUACAGAGCUUAGUGGUUCCAAAACCAUUUCUUCCGGAUGUUCUAAAGUAGCUAUCAUGUCAGACAUGAUCAAAUAGGGGUAGAUAAAACAUGCAUGUAAAGCAAAAUCAAUAUGUUCCCCUGGAAUGUACAAUUCAAACAAUCUACAGUGUACAGUUUAACUUGUAACAGGAUUCCUCUUGUAAAAAGUAGAUCAGAUACUCAGUGGUCAUACUACUUACAGCUGAUUUACAAAUAAGCCCUCCCCUACCAAUGCCAUAUUAGAACAUUACCAAAAUUUGUGGAUUGAGAACAAUUUUUUUUUUUUCCAAAUGAAACAAUUCACCAGCAAUUACAGUACAUUUUUAACGUGGAAGUCUGAUAGGCAUAUUUUAUUCCCAGCUGCCAUACUUAGGUAUGGUUCAUUGGAUAAACGAGGAAAAGAAGAGCUGACAUUCAUCCUAAUCAACGGAGGAGAUGUAUAAUGGAACUGCAAGAAGGAUGUCUACUCUCUCUCUCUCUCUCUCAUGAGAACAUAAGAAUUAUCUCAGACAUUUCACUAGCAAUUCUCACAAAUUGAUGUGAUACGUAGUGUUGCUGUGUGAGGUUUAAAGAAAAGAUAAAUUCAAUUCCCUUUUCUGUCUUUUAGGUUUGUUUGUUGAGGGUGACUAAUAAUUUAGACAGUUGUACUUUGGAAUUAGGUGAUUUUGUUUGUAAUCAUGCUCUACGGGUGGAAAAGUUAAUGUAUUCAUAAGUCCUUGGAGUCUGAGUACAUGAUUGUUCACCUGUAGCAAAAAGCAAAAGCUUUACUACUCAGAAUGCACUUCUUUUUUGGCACUUUCCCUUCAUGAUGAAUUUCCUGUAUUUCUCCUGAAAAUGCUAGGGCAAAUUGACUUACAUACCAUAUAUUCGUUACUUUCUGUGUCUGUUAUAUUUAGAUGUCUUUCACUGGUAGAGUAUUUAAAAAAAAAAGUUUUAAUUCUUUAAGUUAUUACUUUUAAAAAUUAUUCGGAUAAUCUGUUAUUAUCUUUAUGAAUAACAUUAUUUUUCUUUUGCUUCUUCUACUGAAAGAAACUUAGACCUAAAUAUUCCGAGUACUGAGCUGAGCUGCGCUGUGGCUGGCAGCAGUGGCUGAGGAUAUGUAGAUUUAACGAGAAGAUUGUCUCACUGAUUGCGUGGCUCAUAGCAUUACAGAGGCACACUGCUAAAAGUUUCUUUCAGUCCUGAAUCUGUGACACAAAGACUCUGUUUGUAGUUUUCUAAUUGCAAGUGGUGGAAGACAAGCCUAAUGUUAGUUCUUAUGACUUGUUGCUUAGCAGCAGUGAUCAACAGAAGUGCAACCUUUUCUUUUCCUGUGACCUUGGUGAACCUUAGCAUGGACAGAGCUCACCAGCAGAAGACAAGGAUUUCUGAAGUGAAACCACUGUUCAGUGUCUGCAUUUGUGGCAAACCAUCUCUUCUUGACCCCUUUGUUACCUUUCCCCUUUAGUCUUCUUUGUCUCUCUCUCUCUCUCUCUCUCUCAUCAAGUCUUUGAAGAAAAUAGGCACCAUCCUGGGAAGGUGGGGAGAUUGAAAAGUUUAGAGAUGAGUCAACUGUGCUAAGAUGUAUUCUGCCACUUACGGGGAAAAGGAGCUGGGCUGGCCCCCAGACUGUCAUGUCAAAUGCUCCGUUCAUGGCAGGAAAAACAGACUUCACACGUCACACGUUUAUUCUUAUUUAGAGAAGCUUUCCCAGUAUUUUGGAGUAGGUAAAAUAUUCCAGAGGAAAGGGAAAUUAGGGUGCUAAGAAUUUUCUGUUCUAUAUCUCUUAGGUGACAUUUCACAAACUGAGCUAGAAAGAAUAUUGAAUGUAGUUGAAAAUGAUUAGGGAUCUACACCAAGUCAAGAAAACUUUCCCUUUUUUUCCCCUCUCAUCAAGUUUGGCAGGGUCUGUAGGUUAAGCAGCAAGUUGCACGUUUCACCAUACUUCUAAAACACCAAUUGCUAGUUUAACUGGACAAAGGAUUUUUGGUGACCUUAUGAACUGCAACGAUUAACAUGCCUUAUGAUGUCAGAAGCUUAGAAUGGGAGCUGCUUUACUGUUACCCAGAUGCUUGUCUUUUAAUUUUAGAUCUAAGAGACAGCUAAGUAUUUUUAUACUUAUUCUGCCAAAAUGUUAUGAUCCAGACACAUCUGUAUGCUUGUAGACAGUAAGUGGACAAUAAUGCCUGCUCAGGCUGACAGUUUUCAUCUGUCCUCCCCAUCACCUCUGCUAUGGACUUAUGCCCUCAACCCACACUUCAGGAGUCGUUGGUAGCUGGUAAUAAUGCCAGUUAAGCAAUAUAGGCCAACAUAUUAAAAGGUCAGCAGGCGUGUCACAAGCCCUUUAUGCUCUGGAGUCUGUUCUACUACAAAGUUCGAAGAGAAGCUUUCCUGUUCAGCUACCCACUCAUAAAAUGAACGAAGAACACCAGUAUUGCUCUCAUUGCACAAUUGAGAUCAUAUACUCAUUCUGGAAAAGGCAGCCACAAAACAAACUGGCUUGUCCUGUGUGUCAUGUCAAAGGCAUGGCAGGUGUAUGGCAUCUGGCAGAGCUCAAAGAAGUGAAAUAAACAGCAAACUGGAAUGUGAAUUACAUUGCAAAUAUGUCUGUUAUACAUAUCUGGCUUUUUUUUUUUUUUUUAAUUUCACAAAUCUUAAUAAAGAAUGAACUACCUGGAAAUCUGGACUGCUACCUGAGAUCAUGAGAAAUAACUUUACAUGCCCUUGGUUGUUGAACACAGCAAAUUGUGUUUGCAUUUUUUUUUUUUUAUUCCUCCGAGCUGUGAUUUGUCUGUCUAGUGAACAACAGCUGCUAGUAUUUCAUAUCUGCAGGAUUAAAAACCAAUAGCUGAAAUCACGUUUUCAACUUCUGAUAUAUGGGAUAAGGAAUGAACUUGGGCCAAAAUCAAGAAGCUUUUAAAAACAGUUUCAGUAAAAGCAAAAUAAUUUUUGUUAAGUGUUGUAAUGCAGAUUACCUGACCGGUUCUUUCUGUGCAUGGUGGCAAUAGAAUAAGUAGAUUUGACAAUUAAUGUUUCAAACUUUAGAUCAUUAAAAUACAACCAUUCACCUUUCCUUUUAGCUCUCCAUUCAAAUGUGUCAUUUUCUUAUAAACAAAAUAAAUGUCUUUGUUGUGAGACUUCUUAGUGCUGUCACUUCCACAUCUGCAGCAACUGGACUGACCAUGCCCACUGCACAGCACUAGUACAGCUAAAAGCCACUGUAUGCUUUAUUUCUGUACCAAGAUUAAACAGUUCUUCUGAUUUACAA